AUGAUAAGAUUCCUGAUGAAGACAGAGUGAAAUGAAGCUUCAUCUUAUACUCAUCUACCUUGGACUUCUGUAUGCUGCCGAAACACUCGCUGCUAAUAGGGGUGUCCAGAAGGCUGACUCGAUAUUUCUUUUACUAGAAAGAUUGGAUUGUAUAUUUGAUGACGAAUACACAAAAGAAAUAUGCGAAAACAAAGGCUGUCAAUGGAUAGAAAGUCUUGAAGAGAACGUUCCGAAGUGUUUCAUUCCGAAGACCGAGUUUGGUUACAAACUAAAGGAAGCGAAGGUUAACAAGCCCAGGGGAUCAUCGCUUCUUCUAGAACAGGUGUCCUCUACUCCUCUAGUGCAGAAAAGCAUUAAAGAGAUUAACUUUGAAGUGACGUAUAUCACAGAGAGUAUUGUACGAUUUAAAUUCACAGACCCAGCCAAUAAUCGUUAUGAAGUUCCAGUUCAAAAAAAGUUUGACUUGUUAAAUAAAAUGCCAGAACUUGACUUAAACGCUUUAAAGUAUGAAGUCGUUCUGGACACGGAGGAACCAGGAUCUUUGUUUAGUUUCAAAAUCAAGAGGAAAGAAAAUGCUAUAAAUGUAUGGGACACCAGUAUUGGCGGAUUAGCUUUCGAAGACCAGUUUCUACAGAUUGCCUCUUACCUUCCAGCUGAGAACGUGUAUGGUUUGGGAGAGAAUAACCACGCAACCUUCAAACACGAUCUCAACUACCGAACCUGGCCUCUCUUUACUCGAGAUGAGUUCCCUAACGACUGGCCGGGUAGAAAAAAUCUUUAUGGCGUUUAUCCAUUUUAUACUUGCUUAGAAAAGGAUGGGAAAGCUCAUGGAGUACUGUUUCUAAACAGCAAUGCAAUGGAAUAUACACUGCUUCCUGCUCCUGCCAUCUCCUUCAAAACAACAGGUGGCGUGUUGGAUUUUUUUGUUUUUAUCGGCAAGGGACCGGAACAUGUUGUUCAACUGUACACAGAGCUUGUAGGUCGCCCUGUUAUGCCUCCCUAUUGGUCCUUGGGAUUCCAGUUAAGUAGAUGGGGCUACAACAGCUUAGAAAAUUUAAAGAGUGCCGUGAAGAGAACAGUAGAUGCAGAAAUUCCUUUGGAUGUACAGCAUGCUGAUAUUGACUACAUGGAGGAUCGGAAAAUCUUCACUUGGGACAAGGUCAACUGGGAAGGGUUCCCAGAGUACAUCAAAGAGACAAAGAAAGACGGACUGAGAUGGAUCAUCAUACUGGAUCCAUUCUUAGUGGCUAAUGAUACCACCUAUCCAGUGUUCUCCAGAGGUUUGGAGAAAGAUGUGUACAUCAAGUGGCCAGCAACGAUUAAGACAGAGGACAGAAACAAUCCUGAUUUCGAGAAUAUUGACAAUACCAAGGAUGUGAUGUAUGGUUGGGUCUGGCCAGAUGGUCCAGCAGUGUUUCCAGACUAUUUUCGUCAAUCGGCAAGAACCUGGUGGAAGGAGGAGAUUAGAAUGUUAUACGAAGAAGUGAAAUUUGAUGGUCUGUGGAUUGAUAUGAACGAACCAUCAAACUUUGGCACCAACGAAAAGAAUCAUGAUGUCUACUGCCCACAGUGGAAGUUUCCAAAUGGUUGCUGGAGUCUUCAGUGCCCUGAGAAUCGUUGGGACGAUCCUCCUUUCAAUCCUUUGAAGAAAGUUUUUUAACAAAAGCUCUCUGAUAAAACGUUGUGCAUGGUGGCUGUCCAAGGCGAAAAUGAAGAAUAUGUUCAUUAUGAUGUGCACAGUUUGUAUGGCUGGAGUCAGAUGGAAUCUACCCUGGAAAUAGCUCGUGAAGUCACCCAAGAGAGGAGUUUGGUGCUAUCGCGUUCUACUUAUGUCUCAAGUGGCCGAUAUGGUAGCCACUGGUUGGGGGAUAAUAACAGUCACUGGCCUGAUCUUCAUCGAUCUAUUAUUGGUAUGCUGGAAUUUAAUCUCUUUGGAAUUCCAUACAUUGGGGCUGAUAUCUGCGGGUUUUUCUCGGAGACCACGACAGAACUUUGUAAACGUUGGAUGCAGCUCGGUGCUUUCUACCCUUUCUCCAGGAAUCACAAUGCAAAUGGAAACCAACCUCAAGAUCCAGCCCACCCAAAUUUUGGAGGUCCUGAUGGCCCAGUUGCUUCAGCAUCUAGAAAGGCCCUUCAGGUCCGCUAUAUUCUUCUUCCCUACCUCUACACUUUGUUUUACCACGCUAAUCAACAUGGAAAUACCGUAAUUCGACCUUUGCUACACGAAUUUCCUAAGGAUAAAUUAACAUAUGAUAUUGACAGACAGUUCAUGUGGGGUCCUGCUCUUCUAAUUUCUCCGGUUCUAGAAGAGUACCAAAGGUCCGUGAAAGCAUACUUACCAAUGGAUUCCCAGUGGUUUAAUUAUUAUACUGGGAAAAUAGACAAAUCCGGUGAAAUAAUAAUUGAUGAUUUAGAAAUGCCCCCUUUGCAUGUUCGAGCAGGUUAUAUUCUUCCCACUCAAGAUUACGCCCAGAAUACAUUCCUAAGUCGCCAAAAACCGAUGCACCUUUUAGUGUAUCCUGACAAGGUCGGAAUUGCAAGGGGCGACCUCUUUUGGGACGAUGGUGUUGGCAAAGAUAACAUUCAACAAAAUAUAUAUGUCUAUCUUCAGUUCUAUUUAAAUCAGUGCCACUUACUAAUCAAAUUGGAUCCCAAAGAUUCUAUGUUCCAAGAUAAGCUGUUAUUAUCGUCUAUCAAAGUUUAUCGUUCUAAGAAAGCAACUACGUUGACUAUAAAUGGCAAUGACUUACCUUCAGAAAAUAUUGAGUACGACGAUUCAAUUGAGCUUUUAACAUUGACAGUAAACCUAAAUCCACUCCAGGAUUGUAAGGAAGAACCUUGUAAAGUCGCAUGGAGAAGCAACGACCAGUGUAUUAUCUUUUAAACAGUAGCCAUCAACUAAAAUUGAUUUGAUAAACUUGUACUUCAGACAACAUUACUUAUUACAAGAAUUAUGUAGCAAUAAGUAGUUAUGACGAGUAAAAUAAACAGAUUUCACAAUAAAA